UUACAGCUCCGCCUCUCUGGUUUGGCUUUUGGUUCCUGUAAACCCUGGGCCUGGGCUGAGGCUACUACUGGGAGACUUGUUCCUUUGCUGAAUUUCUACCUCUUCUACCCCUGGCAGGUACCGGACUUCGGGAGCUUAACAGAUGGCUGCACAAUGUGUGACAAAGGUGGAGCUAAGUGUGUCCUGUGAAAAUCUUUUGGAUAAAGAUAUAGGGUCAAAGUCAGACCCUUUAUGUGUAUUGUUAUUGAAUACCAGUGGACAGCAGUGGUAUGAGGUUGAACGUACAGAAAGGAUUAAAAAUUGUUUGAAUCCCUCAUUUACCAAAAAAUUUAUAAUUGAUUACUAUUUUGAAGUUGUUCAGAGGCUGAAGUUUGGGAUUUAUGAUAUUGAUAAUAAAACCAUUGAUUUGAGUGACGAUGAUUUCUUGGGAGAAUUUGAAGGUACUUUGGGACAAAUUGUCUCUAGUAAGAGGUUAACUCGACCAUUGGUCCUCAAAAAUGGAAAACCUGCAGGGAAAGGGAGUAUUACGAUUUCAGCAGAAGAAGUAAAGGAUAACAGAGUGGUCUUACUUGAAAUUGAAGCAAGAAAACUGGAUAACAAGGAUUUAUUUGGAAAAUCUGAUCCCUACUUGGAAUUUCACAAGCAGACAUCAGAUGGACAGUGGCUGAUGGUACACAGAACAGAGGUCAUUAAAAACAACUUGAAUCCUGUUUGGAGGCCCUUUAAAGUUUCUCUUAACUCUCUGUGCUAUGGAGAUAUGGACAAAACUAUUAAGGUAGAGUGUUAUGAUUAUGAUAGUGAUGGGUCACAUGAUCUCAUUGGAACUUUUCAAACCACUAUGACAAAACUAAAAGAAGCCUCCCGAAAUUCUCCUGUUGAAUUUGAAUGCAUAAAUGAAAAGAAGAGGCUGAAGAAGAAAAGCUACAAAAAUUCUGGUAUUGUCAGUGUGAAACAUUGUGAGAUUACAGUGGAAUGCACAUUCCUUGACUACAUCAUGGGAGGAUGUCAGCUGAAUUUUACCGUGGGAGUAGACUUUACUGGCUCAAAUGGUGAUCCUCGAUCUCCUGACUCUCUACAUUAUAUCAGCCCCAAUGGAGUUAAUGAAUAUUUGACUGCUAUCUGGUCUGUUGGGAUGGUCAUUCAGGAUUAUGAUGCUGAUAAGAUGUUUCCAGCCUUUGGAUUUGGGGCCCAGAUACCUCCUCAGUGGCAGGUAUCCCAUGAAUUUCCCCUAAACUUUAACUCAGCAAAUCCCUUCUGUAAUGGAAUCCAAGGCAUCAUUGAUGCUUAUAGGACCUGCCUUCCUCAGAUAAAACUUUAUGGACCAACUAACUUUUCUCCGAUAAUCAAUCAUGUGGCCAGGUUUGCUGCUGCAGCCACACAGCAGCAGACGGCAUCACAAUAUUUUGUGCUCCUGAUCAUCACUGAUGGUGUGAUCACAGACCUCGAUCAAACCAGGCAAGCCAUAGUGAAUGCUGCCAAAUUGCCUAUGUCCAUCAUCAUUGUUGGUGUCGGAGGUGCAGACUUCAGUGCAAUGGAGUUUCUUGAUGGCGAUGGUGGAGCACUCAGGUCCCCAACUGGCGAGACUGCUAUCAGAGACAUUGUUCAGUUUGUUCCUUUCAGACAAUUCCAGAAUUCUCCAAAGGAAGCCCUUGCUCAGUGUGUCCUGGCAGAGGUUCCCCAACAAGUGGUGGGUUACUUUAACACAUAUAAACUCCUCCCUCCGAAGAAUCCUGCUACAAAGUAAUGGAAAGAGCCCAGGAGAAUUCUUUUGUGUCAGGUGGAGCCGUGGGUGCAUUAUCUCACCCCCAGAUGCAUUCACCAGUGUUGUUUCUUGUGGUCCCUUAUGGCCUCCCUGUGUUUUUUUGAUGUGGAGCCAUAUUUGUUUAAAUGCAUUUCUUUUGGAAUACCAUUUUUGUACAUGCUUGUGAAUUUCUUUUUUUUUUAAACGUGAAAAGUGAAUCUCUGUGUAAUCAAUUCAAUGACUGGUAAUUGGUAGGAACUGACUGAGUCGUGUUUGGGUUAGAAAGUGGCAGUAGGAUGACUUUUGCUUUACAUUAAUUGGAUAUGAAUGUGAUAAAGUCAUUUGUGAGUGAUGAUGUCACUUUGCUGGAACAGAUGUUACAUAUGAGCUGCUAAGCUUUGCUGUUGUCCCAAUCAAUAUAUAUUCCACAAGCAAACCGCCACUCUUGAUCAAGAUAAAGCUGUUUAGCUGAGAUGAUUUGGGAAUGCUUUCACUGGUCCUUCUUUGACCACAUUAUUGCCUGUAGAAGCCAACUUUUUCUACUUGCCUCUACAUAGUACUGUAGUCCCUAAACCACACUUAUGUAAAUUAAUGCUUUUACCUUGAGGGGAAGGCACAGACUUAGUUUCUUAUUAAACAAUCACUGAACAUAUACCUGUUAUAGGCGAACAAUUCUCUGUUGCCUUUUUGACUCUUUAAAAAUGAUUUUUUUCAUUAUGGAUGAUUCUGAAGAUGAUCAGGUUGAAAGUGAUUCUUGUUCUUAAACUGCUUCAGACAAAACGGAAAAUUCUUUAGAAAUGAAAGACCUAGCUUUUGUUGUUAUUAUAGUGGUUGCAGAUCUGCUCAGUUGGUAAGGAGCUGAGCUCAUCAUGUUAGGGUGGGUUGUGAGUCUAAGUAUUUGAAGUUGAUAAAUGAAGUGGUCUGAUGAGAAGGAGGGCUUGUUGCUCCAGAGAGUGUCUCAGACCACAAUGCACUUAGGAACAACUUAUUAACCUGACUAUAAUGGAAGCCAGAUAACCUUUACUUCUUCCUGUAGCUCACUUCUCUACACUUUUCUUACACACCACAUGUUAAUCAGUGCCAGGGCAUCACUUUUGCCUCAUUAUACAAUCUUUUUAAAGAUAGAUUUUUUUUUUCUUGAAGGAUAAUAGUGAUUUCCUACCAAUUAAUCUGUCAUUUGAUAAGUAUAUUAUUUUUUAGUCACAGAAUGUGUCCUAUAUUCAAGCAUAAAAUUUUUGGAAUUAAAAAAAAAAUUUUGAGUCAUCAACCCCAUUUGGGAAGUAAUUUUUAAUGCUUUGUUUGUUUGUUUAACAGCCUUUGAAGGCUUUGUGGUAAUGGACAGAAAACCAAUCUUAGAGCUAAAGAUACCUGGGUUUGAUUCUCACUUUGGAAACAUACUGGAUUUGUGACAAAUUGCUUUAGCUUCCAGUGCUCUGGCUAACUCUUUCAUACUGUAUGGUUUAGAGAAAGAGUUAACCUGCACUGGUAAAUGGAGUUUCCUUUAACGACCAAAUCAUAGCUCUGGUCUCUAUCUCGAUGUUUUUACUCAAAGUAUAAUCCUCUUCAUUCUGAAGUCUCUUUCUCCAGAAUACACUGUGUUAAAGCAUAUUUUCUUUUCAUGAAUUGCUUUGAAAAAAUACUCAACACCAAAACUCUGAACAUAUCUAAUACCAUCAAUAUAUGUAUCUAUAUAUAAACAGCAUUAAAUCCACUAACAUACAUGUAUUUAUAUGCCCAUUAACAUGUAUUUAUAUGUAUUAAAAGUCCAACACUGAAAACCAGUACAUAUUUUACAUAAAGUGUGGAUGUGUAUGUGUAUGUGUGUGUAUGUAUGUAUGUUUUAAUGGUUUUUAGUGUUGGUCUAAAUAUACAUGUAUAAAUAAGGAUAUAUAUCCUUUAGUCUAACUUUUUAGUCUUGUUGAAAAAUCUCUAGCACUUAAGUCUAGUUUUAUACUUUUGCAGUGUGGAAGAGAGGACUAGGGCUUAACACACUCUGGCUUCUUUAAAAUGACUGGACUAUACAAUCUGAAGUGGAGCUUACUUGCUGCCAUGUUGUGUUUGCCUGAGUAGACUAGCUGAUGUGGUUUGACAUGAUUGGCCUUGUAGAACUCCCUAUAAGUCUUUGGGAUUGGGCAAACCACUAUUAACCGAUACUCACCUACUAGCAUCUUACUUCUUGUGGCCUUAUAUCUUAUUGGCAAUCCUUCCUUUAGACUCUGUCCCUGCUGUAGAGUAGAUAAUUGGUCAUUCUUUUACUGGAUUAGGGCUUGAAUUAUGUGGAAAAUAGCCUUAAAUUUUUCUACUUCAUUUAAUCAGUACACAAUCAAUUAACAUUUAUUAAGUAUUUACUAUGUGCCAGAUACUGUGCUAAGAAUUGGAGAUGCAAAAAAAGUGAAUGUAACAUUGGCAGAAUAGAAAUGAAGCACAGUACGUUUAAAUCAUCCAAGGCCACAAAGGCCAAUGACAUCAUGGAUAAAUCAGAUUUAGAGUGUUCCUGUUUUUACACCAUUCCUUUACUUGAAAUGCUCCUCUCAAACAAUCCAAUGCCAUUGAGUUCAUGGUUAGAUGCUACUGAGGCAGAAUAAGUUGCUUCAAGGUAAAUACUUGCCUCUUAUAUGUGUUGAAUUAAAAGCAUUUACAUUUAUAUUUUCAUCACUUUGUGAAAAACAUGCCAUUUCAAUAACUCAACCCUCAUUUCUUUUUUUUUUUUUUUUGCUGGGCAAUUAGGGUUAAGUGACUUGCCCAGGGUCACACAGCUAGUAAGUGUUAAGUGUCUGAGGCCCGAUUUGAACCCAGGUACUCCUGACUCCAAGGCCGGUGCUCUAUCCACUGCGCCAUCUAGCUGCCCUCAACCCUCAUUUCUUGUGCCACAUUUGGACUGAGUUUUGUAUUUUAAAUAAUCUCUCCCUUUUUGCAUUCAAGUUUUUAAAGAAGAUAUUGUGGGAUUGGUUAUACGGUGUCGAGACCAAAUCGAUCAUGUCAUCUUAACAGCUAUUCAAGUAUCCAGAUGAGAAACUUUUGUUCCUAGAGCUGUCUUCAGACCAAGGUUUUUGUUUUGAGAAAAUUGUACACAAACUAGCUUAGCUGGUUUGUGCCACCUUGUGGUAAAAUUUGAAAAAUGAAAUCUUCUUAUAAACUUGGGAAAUGUUAACUCUAAGACCAGCAAUUCUCAGACUUUUAGUUUCAUGAUCCCCCAACUUCUGUUUUUUUUUUUUUUGGAUAGGGCAAUGAGGGUCACACAGCUAGUAAGUGUCAAGUGUCUGAGGCCGGGUUUGAAUUCAGGUCCUCCUGAAUCCAGGACUGGUGCUUCAUCCA